UCCUGUUUGGCAGACACAACCUUGGUUCACCCCUCUCCUUCACCUGUUAGUAGACAAUCCUGUUCUUCUCCCCCAGUCGACUCAUCUGUUGACACAACCACACAACCAUGCCUUACAUCCCCUUCGACGACAGUUGAGACUGAUGGCUUGCAUGGUCUCCGGGAAAUUCUCCAGCAGAGAAAUGUUUCAGGCAAGGCUACAGCAAUCAUCCUCAAGUCCUGGUCUGACGGAACACAAAAACAGUACAAACCAUACAUCAAACAGUGGAUGGACUUUUGUAGUGAAUGGAAGACUGAUCCCUAUGAUCCACCUGUAACCGUUGUUUUAGAAUUCCUCGUUAGCCUCCAUGAAAAGGGAUUGACUUACACCACCAUCAAUACUGCCAGGAGUGCCGUAUCAGCAGUUACUAUACCCAAGAGUAACAUGACUGUGGGCAGUCACCCACUUGUUUCCAGGUUUAUGAAAGGUGUUUACAAGGAUUCUCCGCCAACUCCACGCUACCGGUCAACCUGGGAUGUAAAGCCUGUCCUAACUUAUCUUUCCUCCCUUCACCCUUCAGAGAAGCUUGAUUUAAAAUCACUCACUCUAAAGCUGGUUUUGCUGAUAGCCCUGGUCUCUGCACAAAGGGGACAAUGUUUUUAA